AUGGUUGCUGCACAUAAAGGGGUAUCGGUUAUUGAGUUGUACCUUGUUUCAUUUGAUGAGCCUGCAGUUAAUGAUGAUGAUGAUGGUGAAUAUGGUGAAAAUAGUAGGAUUGACCGAGAUGAUCCUUAUUGGGAAGAAGUAUUCGAACCAGACUUGUUUGAUGAAGAUAAUAACCUCCCUGGGCCAUCCAUGGCAGGAGGAAAUGUUGAGGAGGGUGGUGUUGAGGGUAAUGAGGAGGGUCAUGGGGAGGGUAAUGAGGGUGAGGAUGGGGAUGAGGAGGGUGAUGGGGAGGGUAAUGAGGGUGAGGAUGGGGACGAGGAGGAGGAGAGUGAUGAGGCGGCGGAUGAUGAUAAUCAAAAUGCAAAUGCAGGGGGAGCUAAAAAUGCGAGUGGAAGGGGUCAGUGCUAUGGUGAUGAGGUUGAUGAUGAUGAAGCAAACUCUACCAUGGCCCGAAGUGACAUUCUUGUAUCCCCUCCUAUAAGUGACGAGGAGAAUGAGGUUUCAUCUAUUGCCAGAUGUGUAACUAGGCGAACUGAGUUUCAACAAACUGACAGGUCGAAUCCACAGUUGAGUAAUGAGCAGUUGUUUCCCUCAAUCAAAGUCUUUAGAGAAGCAAUUAGGGAGAACAACCUGAAGAAGGGGAAGGAUAUUAGGUUUAAAAAAAAUUACCUGGCAAAAUGUAUUGUCGUAUGCAGGGAUCCAGGUUGUAGGUAUCGGGUUUACGGUCGUAAAUGCAAGGAUCAAGAGUCAUUUGAAAUUAGAUCGAUACAAGACAAACACACUUAUACAAGGCAGCAUAAGAAUUCGAUUGUGAAAUCUGGAUGGAUUGCUGAUAAACUUAUUGACAAGUUUAGAGUGCAGCCUAACAUGCCGUUGAAGGCGAUUCUUGGGGAAGUCAAAGACAAGUUGGGUGUUGACGUUAAUAAUUGCCAAUUGUAUAGGACUAGAAGAAUUGCAAAGGAAAUGCUUCAGGGGAAAGUAAAGAUGCAAUACAAUAAGCUUUGGGAUUAUUGUGAAACCAUUAAACAAAUGAAUCGGGGUAGUUGUGUGAUGAUGAAGGUUGAUAGACCUUUACCUGACCAUCCUGCAUGUUUCCAAAGGUUGUAUUUCUCAUUGGCUGCCAUGAAGAAAGGUUUUCGAGCUGGUUGUAUGCCUUUCAUUGGGUUGGAUGGGUGCUUUUUGAAAGGGACUUAUAAGGGACACCUUUUGUUGGCCAUUUCUAGGGAUGGCAAUAAUAACAUGUACCCAAUGGCUCUUGCAGUUGUUGAGGCAGAAACCAAAGACAGUUGGAUAUGGUUUCUUGAGACUUUGGUCUCAAACCUUGGCACCCCCCCUGUACAAGGAUGGACAUUUAUUUCUGAUCGUCAAAAGGGGCUGCAACCAGCGUUUGACGUGGUGCUUCCUGGGGGUGACCAUCGGUUCUGUGUGAGGCAUUUGUAUGCGAAUUACAGAGACUCAAGUCAUCGUGGUCUUGCCUUGAAAGACAAGUUAUGGGCUGCGGCUGUAGCAUACACUGAAGCUGAAUUCCAUAAGGAAAUGAAUGAAUUGAAGCAUAUAAGCGAGCAUGCAUACAACUACUUGUCAAAUGUUGACCCAAGCUUAUAG